GCUCCGUGCUAUAAAAAAAAAAAAAAACGCCCCAAAAUAAAGUACGUCAUCACUAGGCGCCAGUUGUUCGGCGUGCCCUGGAAGGAAAUGGUCACAUGCCUGUGGGUCAUAUUAACAGUUUUCCUCAUGGAGAUACAUGUGUAGUCCAACGUAUUUGAGCUUUUAUGUGGUUAAAGUAGGCCUUUAGUUUGUUUUAACCCCUCCGUAGUUAACUAAUAACGUCAGCUUGUUAGCUAAGCUAAGCUAAGUGGCUGUAGUUACAUUCUGAAAGAAAGGUAACAGCCGGUUGAGUUAACGUCUACAAACCGUGGGUUUAAUCUGUCGAUAUGAAGGAGAAAUUGAAGCAGAGCAGCAAAAAGAAGAAGGGUAAUAUUGUGUUACAGAGGUACAUGGUGGCUGUCGGUGAGUUUAUUAAAAGCAAAAGUGUCAACGAAGAAGAAGAGGAGGAAUAUGACCAUGGCUUGAGAUUUGUAAAAAAGAAAAGCAGAAAGGAGCUGCGCAAAGAAAAGAGGAAAAUGAAAAAAGCUCAAAUGAAAAGUUAUUAUGAGGGUAAAAAGACCCUCAGUUUACCCCUCGAUGUUGGUGAAAACACGGGAAUACUCGCCGAUGAGCAGAAGCAGAAGCAGAAGCAGAAAAAAAAGAAAGUGGAAAAAGCACAGUCCAGAAGUGCUACUCCAGAGAAACCAGGCGGCUCUAAAACACCACCGUCUUCCAAGUUAGGCAAGAAAAGCAACUCGCUUCAAGAAUCCAGAAAAAGGGCACUUCUGGAGGCAAAUGAGGACGAGGACAGAGAAAUAAAGAAAAUGGAGCGAUUCCUGGGAUUAAACAAGAGAAAAAACAAGAAGACUCUCCCUCAGUCCUUUGUGGCUGAUGGACUCGAUUACAUCCUGGGCGUGCUGGACUCUGGCUCAUCGGCUGUGGGGUUGUAUGAUGAUGAUGAAGACAUGGACAUGGCCAAGGAUAACUUUGAAAAACUGGACAAGAACAACUCUCAGCUGUCCGAUGAGGGCAAAGAACCUGGAGUUGAGAUGGCGAGUGACGGUAGUGAUGAAGAUAUGGCUUCAUUUGACGAUGAACAUGAGGUUGAUGAUGAUGACGAUGAAAAUGAGGUUGAUGACGAUGACGAAGAUGAAGACGAUGAAAUAGUUGAGACGAAAGAAAUGGAGGCUGAGCUGGAAGAGAGUGAUGCAGCUGACUCGGACAAUGAAAAUGAUGGUGAAACGAAGGAAGAAGCGGAAACUCAUAACACGACAACAUCGGGCUUAUAUUCCGAAACCGUCAACGCUGCAGCAGGUAAGUAUGUGCCGCCUCAAUUAAGAGGCGCUGGAGAUGAAAAACGCAAAGCUGAGCUAGAAAAACUGAAGAGGAACGUGAAAGGCCUGCUGAACAGGCUGACUGAGCCCAACAUGGCGUCCAUCAGUGGUCAGCUGGAGGAGCUGUACAUGAGCUGCAGCAGGAAGGACAUGAAUGACACCCUAACAGAGGUGCUACUAGCAGCCUGCGUCACCCCGUCGCUGAUGCCUGACCGACUUCUGAUGGAGCACAUCCUGCUCGUGAGCAUCCUCCAUCACGCCGUCGGGAUAGAGGUUGGUGCCAAUUUUCUGGAGACGGUCGUGCGAAAGUUUGACGAGGUGUACAAGAACCCAACUGAAGGCAAAGAAUGCGACAACCUGGUCUCCAUUGUCGGUCACCUCUAUAACUUCCAGGUGGUGCAUUCGGUCCUCAUCUUCGACAUCCUCAAGCUUUUUGUUGGAGCCUUUACAGAGAAGGACAUUGAACUAGUUUUGUUGCUGCUGAGGAAUGUCGGCUUCGCCCUGAGGAAGGACGACGCUCUGGCUCUCAAGGAGCUCAUCUCUGAGGGCCAACGCAAGGCCUGCGACACGGGGUCGAAGUUUGAGGAUCAGACCAGGGUGCGUUUCAUGCUGGAAACCAUGAUGGCUUUGAAGAACAAUGACAUGCGGAAGAUCCCCGGCUACGAUCCUGAGCCUGUGGAGAAACUGAGGAAGCUGCAGAGGACUCUGAUCCAGCGGCGUGCAGGAGGCAGUGACAUGAAACUGAGGGUGUCUCUGGACAAUCUCCUGGCAGCAGAGCAAGUGGGCCGCUGGUGGAUCGUCGGCUCCUCGUGGAAGGGAGCGCCCAUGAUCGGCGAACAAGGGAACGCGACUUCCAAACCGAGUACUGCUGGAGGACAGUUCAGUGCCAAAGUCUUAGAGCUGGCGAGGAAACAGAGGAUGAACACUGAGGUCAGAAGAAACAUCUUCUGUGUGAUAAUGACCAGCGAAGAUUACAUGGAUGCAUUCGAGAAGCUGCUCAGGAUGGGCCUGAAGGACAAGCAGGAGAGGGAGAUUGUUCACGUUCUGAUGGACUGCUGUCUGCAGGAGAAAACCUUCAACGCCUAUUACGCCAUACUGGGAGAGAAAUUCUGCUCCCAUGAUCGCCGCUUUCAGAUGACUUUCCAGUUCUGCCUAUGGGACAAGUUCAGGGAGCUGUCCAACCUGCCCAGCGGCACCUUUAACAACUUGAUUCAGCUAGUAACCCUCUUCCUUCAGAAGAAGUGCCUUUCCCUCUCCAUACUCAAAGUAAUAGAGUUUGGCGAGCUCGAUAAGCCCACAGUACGCUUCUUGCGUCAGGUGCUCACCAAACUGCUGAAAGACCUGGAGCCUGAAGACCUCGCCAGUAUAUUUGGAAGGAUUUCAGGAAUUCCCCAGCUAGGAAUGCUGCGGGAGGGCUUGAAGCUUUUCAUCAGCCACUUUCUGCUGAAGAAUGCCCAGUCGCAGGGAACAGCUGAGCAAGCAGCGACGCUGUCAGAGCGCGCUCAGGUCGCCACCAAAGCCAUGGAGGCCAAAGAGGCCAAGCUCAAACUGUAAAACACUGACACACACAACCACACGCACACCAGCAGACGUACGUGACCCAACUGUGGAACAGAAGAAGACUUUGUCUCUGAACACAAAGAACACAAACCUACAGCUUUCUUCAAAGAAGAAUACAUGUGUUUUUGAAGUGUUAAAUGAAUGUUUUUGCGAUGGGGAGUCCUUGUACAUAAUUGUUACCAUGAAGAUUUCUAAAUCUGGAAGAUGCACACAUCCAUUAUCGUAUGUAUAUUAUUAUAAUACAUUGCGUAUUGGUUGAGCUGUGUUAUUCUGUAAUAAAUAACUACAGAUGUUGCUUUAUAACAAUGUGAAAGUAAUGCAGUGGAUUUUUUUUAAUGUAUUUCACUUCCUAAAUCUAUAAUGGUGCUUAUAAAUUUAGCGUGUCACAAUUUUAAAAGUGUCAGUCAUAAAAGCCUCAAUAAUCACUGACAUUUUGACUCAUGCUUUGACUCUUUUUGUAAAGGGAAAUAAAUUAUUUCCUCUAACAGACCACA